AUGUCUAAUCUCAUUGUGGUCAUUGGCGCAACUGGUGGUCAGGGUGGAGGAGUUGUCAACGCCUUUCUUAACGAAGCAGGGUGGAAGGUGAGAGGUACCACAAGAAACACCUCAAGCGAAAAGGCAAAGGCACUCUCCGCGAAAGGCGUCGAAGUCGUUUCUGCAAAUCUCAAUGACGAAGAAAGUCUCGAGAAGGCUUUUCAAGGCGCCACGGCAAUUUUUGCAUUCACCGAUUACUACGAGACGUUCUUCGAAUUGGGAGAUGAGAAGUCUCUGGAGCUGGAGUUCGCCCAGGGCCAGAAGAUUGCACGUGCGGCAGCCAAGAACCAGUCUCUUCAGAGGCUCGUGUUCAGUGCCGGUCCUCACACAAGCAUGAUUACCAACGGAGAGGCAAUCUGUCCUCAUCUUGAAGGGAAGGGACGCAUUGUCACGUAUGUCACGCAGGAAAUGCCCGACCUUGCCGCCAAGACAACAUUUGCCGUUUUCACCGUCUUCGCCAACAACGCAUUGCUCUACGACAUCUUCAAGCCCAUCUACGUCGUUAGGCGAGCUACCGGCCUCGCCCCGGAGGAGGGAGCGACUGCCGCAUUGCAGAUUUCCCCUGAAAGCUACGUUGAGCUUUGGGGUUCCAUGGCGCAAGAGCAGCUAUCUCAAUGGAAGUUCUUCCAAUGGCUCCACGAUCAUUAUCCCCCAAAGUGGGAAGGAAUUACGAUCGUGGAAGGAAUGGAUCUAUUGACUGAUGAGGACAAGAAGGAACUUCUGAGUGUCGAGGAGUCGCUGAAGCGGUACGACUGGAGCGCGUUCGAGAAGAAGCCAACCGCCAAAGCGGUCACUGGCCGGUUCUCUACCUAG